AUGGAGAAGUAUAAGUGUUGGAAUAGUAAAUGGCUUCAAGGGAUAUAUGAUUUGAAAAAAAAGUGGUGUCCAGCUUAUUCCAAAGAGUACUUUUCAGGUGGUAUUUUAUCCUCUCAAAGGAGUGAAACAACUAAUAAGUCAGUUUCACACAGGUUAUCAAAAACAGAUGGUUUAUGUGAUUUUUAUAGGCAUUUUAAUGAUGUUGUUGAUGAGUGGAGGAACGAUGAAAAUGGGGAUGAUUUUGAAACUUCAAAUGGUAAUCGAUAUCUUGCAUUUGCUGAGGUUAGAUUGCUCUUGCAUGCUAAGGAGAUAUAUACAAGGGAAAUUGGUUUGUUGUUUGAGGAAAAUUACAUAACUACAAAUGCAUAUAAACAGAAUAUUUUGGAUAUUAGAGAUUCUGUCUUCAUUUAUCAUGUUUGGCGUGAAGCCAAAGAUCAUAUUAUGCAUGUUGUUACCUUCAAUUGUAAGGAGGUUAAAGUUGAUUGCACUUGCAAGGGGUAUAGUGAGUCGGGUAUAUUGUGUGUUCAUUCGUUGAGGAUCUUUCUUAUUCAUUGUAUCGAAAAAAUUCCUGAUUGGAAAGUUAUUGACUUGUGUUAUGAGAACAUGAAGAAGGAAAUUGAGGAUUUAUUAGCAACUUCAAAACAAUCUGGGGAGCAAGAAGCUGAAAAUAAUUCUGGUAGUUUACCCAAUGAAAAUGCUAAUUUGUCAACUUCAUGUAGUGAUCAACUGCUUCUUCCUACUACAUAUGAUAAUGUGAAAGAUCCUACAACAAGAAGGGAGAAGUAUGUGAGAAAUGAUAGACCAAAGAGUUUUGUGGAGAAAAAAUGUAGUCAAAUCAGGUCAUGGAAGUAUAAACAAGUUGCAUAUAUCGAAUAUACAAAGGAUAAAGCUCAACUUUCUAUCCAGAGUCAAUAUGAUCUUCCACCUGGUGGUAUGAUAUGUCAUCCAAGAAAUCACAAUCAAGGAUUGGAAGUUUAUGUGCCUGAUAAUUACUUUAAUGUUAGCUUCCUUCCUCCCGAGAUUCUUUAA